AUGGAGCUUCGUUUGAUUUCGAGGAACCUCAGCCCAACCCUUUUCGUCGUGUGGAUUCUGUGUGCACGUCCCGGCGCGUUUCCGGGCGAUCACUUGUCUCUGAAGUCCGACCGGGCAAGCUUAAUGGAAGACAGAUACGAGAGCUGGCUGGCAAGGUACAACCGGACGUACAAAAGCAGAGCCGAGCGACUGCUGCGGUUCCAGAUUUAUCAGGCCAACGUCUUGUACGUCGACUUCAUCAACAGGCUACCGUUGCCGUUCAAGCUCACCGACAAUGGAUUCGCAGACAUGACGAACGUCGAGUUCAAGGCAACCUACCUGGGUUUUCACAGGAGGACGAACCGGAGGACUGAUAUGGAGACUAACAUUACCGACCAAACCGACGGAGACAUGCCGGCGAGUUUCGACUGGAGGAAGGAAGGCGCCGUAACUCCGGUCAAGGAUCAAGGCCAUCGGCAUGCUCCCUCUGCACGUUUAGGAAGUUGUUGGGCUUUCUCGGCGGUGGCGGCCGUCGAAGGCCUCAACCAGAUCAAGACGGGGAAGCUGGUGUCGCUGUCGGAGCAGGAGCUCAUGGACUGCGACGUCGGGAAGCACAACCAAGGCUGCAGCGGCGGAGAGAUGGACACCGCGUUUUCCUUCAUCCAACGCAACGGCGGCAUCACUUCCGAGUCCGAUUAUCCCUACCGAGGACGGGACGGAUCUUGCGACGCCGCCAUGCUCAGGAGUCACGCGGCCACGAUUAGCGGAUACGGCGAUGUGCCCCCCAACGAUGAGCGGAGCCUGCAAGCCGCGGUGGCUCGCCAACCGAUCUCCGUGGCCAUCGACGCGGGCGGACUGGAAUUCCAGCUAUACUCCAGGGGGAUUUUCACGGGCAUAUGCGGAUACGACUUGAAUCACGGGGUGGCGGCGGUCGGGUACGGAUCCGAGGGCUCGAGAAAUUAUUGGAUCGUGAAGAAUUCGUGGGGGCGCGACUGGGGCGAGGACGGCUACGUGAGGAUGCUCAAGGGUGCUCCAGAUCGGCGGGGCGUGUGUGGGAUCGCGAUGGACGCGAGUUAUCCCGUGAAGGGUUGAAAAGUAAACGUGCGGGGGAUUGGUGACAGGAGUCCUACGUUCUUCUUCUGCAUAGACUUAUAUUCAUGCGGUAUUAUCGUGUCAAA